AUGCGUUCUCUCCCACACCGAUUCACAUUGCUGUUGUGUGUCUUAUUGCACAUUGUGGCUCUCAGUGAUGUGGCUGAGGCCGCCGUGACGUUCACACCCACGAAUGUCGUGCAGCUCUCACUCUAUCAAAUGGCACAAUUACGCUUUACAAGCAAUCUCCUCGUUGGUGAGCCACCCAUUCGAGUUGGGGAUUCUUUUUACUUUAUCAUAGAUGCUGGAAAUUCCACUAAUUGUUCCGAAGGGGGUGGUGGUGGGGCGACGAAUAACUUCACCGUGGCAUCCGCCGACGCUGAUGGAUACACGGGACUUGCAAGCAUCACUGUACGCAGUACUGUCUUUACAGUGGGCUCGAAGUAUGUGAUUUGUUAUGUUUCCGAUAAGGGUGCCGUUCUCGUUCGCCGUGAUGGGUCCAGCGGAAAUGACACACUGCAGGUAUGGCCCGCGAUCUAUAGCACACUGCAGUUGCAGCCGGGAAGUGUAGCGGGUGGACAAGGGCCUGUCAAUCUCACGAUGCAGGAGUCCUCGCAGGAAGGGCGGCCGGUGAAUCAAGGCUUUUUGGGUGGACUUCAAGCGCCUUUCCUUAUUCCAUGUGGGGGAAAUGCAGUGGUGAAUUGUACAGCACCGGAUAGUCUCGCAGAGGUGUGUGCAUCUCUGAUUUUUAGCGGUAUUCCAUUAGGGAAUUUGCGUGGUAUUGGCACGCCAAACGUAACGGGAAGUUUUACUGCGCCAUAUGUACCGAAUGCAGACGGCUAUGCUGUUUGUGUUCCAGUCUGUUAUUCCAGCUCUGGUGGAUGUGGGGCAACUGCAAACAUAUCGUAUACAGUUGUGGUUACAGCCGAAAACCCUGUGGCAGGGUUUGUGGUGAAGUUGGAUGAAGCUAAUCCCAGUGUCUACACAGUAACACCAACAGCACCACAGGCACAUGAACAUGGAUAUAUGCUCUUAACAGGAACUAAUCUGUCAGAGAGGGAUGAGAUUCGUGUGAUUCGUGAAGAUAGCCGGUGUACAUCAGGAGCGGCCUCGUUAUUACCUAAUCUAGAGCUUGGUGAUGUUACAGUGGUGAAUGCUACAACGGUAAAUGUCACAUUCCUGGCAAAGGAAUUAAUCUCAUCUCCUCAACGGGGACGUGUGUGUUAU